GAAACAGUCUAGGGUCUUGACGGUAUUAUUUCGGCCCUGUUUCUUGUCGUGUUUCUGUUUUAAAAACGAAACAAGCGUUUGCUCAACACAAGGUUAGUAAAACAACAUCGAACAGCAUGGAAGCUCGUCCAAAUCCUAACAAGAAAGGCAGGGCCGGUGGGAAAAAAAAGCAGCAGCUCUUCAGUGGUGACAUAGUCUUCACUUCCAAGAAUGGAUCCAUCCAGACUAUACCCUGUCUGAACAAACGGCUCAAAUCGGUUACAGAUGCUGUUAUUGGCCUGCAGUACAUAUGGGAGUAUCGAAGCCCAUCUAAGUCAGUUCCUCCCCAUUACCAGUGUAAACUGUGUAAAGUUCAGCGGCUGCAAAAUGAAAUGGCUGCUCACAUCACCGGCUGGAAGCACGGCUUCAGAUACAUGAAGCAGAACCACAAAGACAAGGUUCCUCAUGAGGAAGAGGCUGCACUUAAAGAUCCAGCCAUCAGGAAAGCCAUUAAAGCUGCUGCAGCUGAAGUGGAAAAAACAGAAGGAAGAGGUCAAAUUAAGACUGUGCUGAAGGAGCCAUUUGAGAUUGUGGCGUUUCAGAGCAUGAAGUCUGCACAACCCAAUCCAGCAUUUGGAGGACCUGCUGGUCUUCUCGGGCCUCCUCCUAGAGGGUUAAAACAAGGUGGUCCAUAUGGAGGUCCCAUGUUCAUGGGGGAUUUCACACCCCGGGGUGGCAUGAUGCCUGAUUUCCCUCCUGGCAUGCGUGGAGGUAUGGAUGAACCUCCCAUGAGAAGAGGUUUUUCUGAUAUGGGAGACUUCACCAGCCCAGGUCGCUUUGGUAACGGCAUGCCUGGACCAGACAGGGGGAUGAUGGAAACGGACGACAUGCAACAUUUUCCUGACGAUGGACCCAUGCGUAUGGGUCCAGAUGGCUUUGGGCCUGGUCAGCGUAAGGAGGGCAGGGGCAGACCUUUCCCUAAUGACAUGCCCAUGAACAGCAGCGGCAACAGAAUGAUGGGACAAGGCCCUAAAGGCCCGGAGAACAAUAGCCUCCCUGCAACACUGCUCAAAUAUCUGGACUCUUUCCGUAUUGAAAAUGAGGAUGAUGCGCAGAUUGUCUUGAAGGUCACACAGAAGCUCACAGAUGUUCUGAUGGAGUAUCGCCUUAGAAGUAUUUCAUCGGUGCCCAGUGUGAAGCCCCUGCCCUCCAUGAACUACUCGUCCUCAUGUCUUCCAAACAACUCUAAUGACAGAUUCUCCAGCGGCAUGCCAGGUCCUUCAAGAUUCUACAACUGAACGUUCAUCUGAUGGAUGCAGCCAAGACUUGGAUGCAACCUGCUUUGCCAUGGCUUUUUUGACUUUGUUCAUGACCAAACUUUUUUUUUUUUUUCUUGACUUUUAGGCUGCUUUGUUUUUACAGUGUAUACAUGGGUAGACUUAUUUUAAAUGUUUCCUUUUUUCCUUUCUCUUUUGAUGAAAGAAACCAGAUUUGUAGCAACACAAUUUUAGUGAGUGAUUAAACAGUCUUUAAGUGAAGUCAGUGAAAUCCUCAAACAGUGUGACUGCUCGUUUCUAAAGGUCUGUUGCCAUAAUGUGUAAAAUAAAUAGUUCCUUACAGAACCUUGUUACUUUUG